AUGGGCUGUUGUGAAAGUUCGACAAGUGAUCAUGAUUCAAAUCAAUCUCUUAAUAGCUCGAAUACGAGAACCACAUCAUCACAAUUCACUACAGUUGAAAUACUUGAAAGAAUAACAUUUCAACAACUUUUAUUGUAUUUGCCUAACCAUUGUCAAAAGGAAAUUAUCAAUCUACCGCAGAACAAAGCGAUCAACGCUCUUCGACAUCAUAUCAAAGCACAAAGACAUUUUUUACAAGAUGAGUAUCAUCUAAGUAUUUUAGACGAAUUGAAAGCGAUAGAUGAAUUUCAAACUCUUUUACCCAAUCAUCAAACUCAUUUUGUUUUUGUUCAAUUCUAUGAUCAAAUGAUAUCAAAUUUAAUAUUCUUUGGUUUAAUACAAACAGCUCUUGGAAUGUGUCAACUAGUUCUGAAUAUCUUAUUACGAGAUACACCAACAGAUUAUGAUGCAAUUUAUAAAAAUUAUCUUGCUUUAUCUCAAAUAUACAGAAAUCGGAAAGAAUGGAGAAAAGCAAUUCUAUGUGCAACAAAAGCAAUUGAAACAAAACGUCUUUGUCAUAUAACAGAUCAAGAUAGUAUUCGUCUAUUGGAAAAUCAGAUUGACUCAUUGAAAUGGAAAAUGAGUAUUGAUACGAGAGAAAGAUCUGACAAAAGCUCAAUUGAUUUUUCUCCACAAGAAAUAAUUGAAGUUUGCACUUACAAUCCUGAGCACGAAUUAUUUGCAUUUGAUCUCUCGGAACUUGAACGGAAACCUGAAAAAGUAACAGAAUCGUUGGUUACAGAUGAGAUGUUAAAAGAAAUCGCGGGUCUACUAUUAAAAGAUCUGAUCGAUGAACGUCAUUAUACAGGUGAUAGCAAGUGCAGAGUUACUAUUGCAAUUGCUUUUAAAUUAGCACAAAUGAACACGAGUUCAUUGUCGCCAGCAAUGAUCGAAGCAGCGUUGACAAUACUUAUUGAUCGAGUGAAUGAUCCUGACACGUAUCAAGAUUACUUGACUAUAGCAAUGAGAAUGUCGCCGUUUAACAUUUGGUAUUCAGAUGAACAUGGCAUCCGCAUUUUUCGAUAUCAGCCAAAACCCGAAUAG